UCUGAUAAGUCAUAUAAUAUAAGGCCAAUCAAAAAUCACAUCUUUAUUCGUUCCAGUUUUUUUUUCUUUAAUCUCCGAAAUCACAAUCCAAUUCCAAUGUCCGGAUACCCUCAGCCACCUUCAGGUUACGGCUACGGCGCACGGCCGCCGCCGCAAACGGCCCAGCCAUACACUGCGUCGCCAUACGGCGCCCCUCCGCCGCAGCAAGAUCCAUAUCAGCAGCACCACCACCAUCAACAGCCCUCGCCGGCUUACGCGAGUCCUUACGCUCCGCCAUCGGCCCCUUACAAUCCAGAUAAGCCACCGAAGGACAGCUACUCGCCCUAUGGGGGAAGCUCCGGAGGUAGCGCGUACCCGCCACCGCAGGGGUACGGGACCCCGUUCGCGUCGCUGGUGCCGUCGACUUUCCCUCCCGGUACCGAUCCCAACGUGGUCGCUUGCUUCCAGGUGGCAGACCAGGACGGGAGCGGCUUGAUCGACGAUAAGGAGUUGCAGAGGGCUCUCUCAUCCUAUAAUCAGAGCUUCAGUCUCAGAACGGUUCAUCUCCUCAUGUAUCUUUUCACCAAUUCCAAUAGCAAGAAGAUCGGUCCGAAGGAAUUCGCUGAUGUGUUCUACAGUCUGCAGAGUUGGAGGGGAAUUUUUGAGCGAUUUGAUAGGGACAGGAGUGGCAGAAUCGACAUGAAUGAGUUGCGAGAGGCACUUUUGAGCCUGGGAUUUUCUGUUUCUCCAACGGUUUUGGAUUUACUGGUCUCCAAGUUCGACAAAACUGGAGGCAAAACCAAGGCCAUUGAAUAUGAUAAUUUCAUUGAGUGCUGUCUCACUGUUAAGGGAUUAACGGAGAAAUUUAAGGAGAAGGACACGAAGUACUCUGGUUCUGCAACUUUCACUUAUGAAGCUUUCAUGCUCACUGUACUCCCUUUCCUCAUAGCUUAAGUGGGGUGCUUGUAAAGCUUUCUGGAUUCAUAGGGCUUGCCUUUAACUCCCUUUCCUCAUAGCUUAAUUGGGGUGUUUGUAAAGCUUUCUGGAUUCAUAGGGGCUUGAAUUAUAUGAUGUAAUAUCCAGUAAAUUAUUGUAUGUUUUAACAGAUUUGCCAUCUUUUUUUUAAUAAGGCUAAGAAUCUUGCUUUAACCAUUUCAUCUGAUUCUAGUAUUAUUGAUCUCA